AUGCCCUUGCAGAUCUGCAGAGGCGGAGGAGACUACCUCUCCGAGAAGUACCAGGAGUUGGCCAGUGGAUCUUCGAAAGAGGCAUGUGACCUCUUCGUCGAAGCAGAGGACCUCCUCGGCCAGGAGCAGUAUGCUGAAGCGGCUGAAAAGGGCCGGGCAGCUCUGAAGGCCUUCCGGGCCGCAGGCAGUGCUGGCGCCGCUGAUGCAGCCCGACUGGUGGUGAAGGCCUUGGUCGGAGAUGGGGACCAUGCCAGCGCACAAGAGCUGGCGAAAGAGGAACUUGCCAGAUACAGGGAGACUGGAGACAAGAUUGGCGAAGCCAAGAUGCUGACUUCCUGUGGCGAAGCCAACUCCGGAAAGGAAGGGAAGGCGAAGGCAGAGGCCAUUGGAUCCGUUAAAGAAGCGAGGUCCAUCUUCAGGAACCAAAAGUCCAAGGAGUGGGAGGCAAAAGCACUGCUCACCCUGGCCGGUAUCAACAUGGGGAAGGACUCGGAUCUGGGAGCUGUUGAGACAGCCCUCAAAAAUGCGACUGAAGCGCGGGACAUAUGCCAAGAGUUCGAUGACAAGCGCAUCGAGGCCGAAUGCCUCUUUGCGAUGGCAGAGGCUCGUGGUAUCGUAUCGUCACCCGAUGAUGCGCUCGAUGCAGCAGACGAAGCGAUGGACCUCUAUUUGGAGUUGAGAGAUAAGCGCAUGGAAGCUCGCGUGCUCAUGAGAAUGUCGGAGUGGAACAUCAAGCUCGGAGAUCACGCCCGAGCUCUCUCCGAUGCAGAAGAUGCCCUUGAGAUCUAUCAAAUGCUGCAGUCUUCGCAGGAGGUCAAGGCACUGCGAAGAGUCUUUGAUGCCCACGUGGCCCGGAGUGACUUGCGAAAGGCUCGUCUCGUGGCCGCGGAAGCCUUGCGUCGCUUCCGCGAGCAGAACAACAAGUUGGCGCAGGUCGAUGCUGUCCGCAUGCUCGUAGAGCUUUAUGUGAAGGCCAACCGGGUGGAGGAAGCAUUGACGGCCGCCAAGCGUGGCAUCACCGUAUGCAAAGAGCUCGGAGAUGUCGCAGCACAGGCUUCGUUGAUGCUUGUGGUGGGGCGUGCGCGUCUGAGAAUGGGCCAGCUGGACAAGGGCAUUGCCAUUGCACAGGAUGCUUUCGCAAUGUUGAAGAAGCUGUCCGUCACUCCGAAGAUUUCGGAGGACAAAGUCGAAGCUAUGCACAUAUUAGUGGAAGCCAACUACCACAGGGGCCACAAAGACGAAGCUUUAGACCUAUCUCUUGAGUUUAAAGAGACCUUCGAGCAGCAAGAAGACAUGGCCGCAUUUGCGCAUGCCCUGCUCAUCUGCGCAACCCUGGAGUUCAAAAAAGGCAAUGUUGAGCAGGCUGCAAGCUACAACUCCAAAGCUCAGAGCAUUUUUAACGAUGAAGGGCUCAUGCCAGGCGAGGCGGACUCCAUGAAGAUGCAAGCGGAGAUUGCGUGGAAGAAGAACGAUUUUAAAAGUGCUAUCAGAUUUGCUGAGAAGGGGCGCGCGUUAUACAGGGAACUAGGAAAGACGGAGGGCGAGAUCGCAUGCAUGUAUAUGAUCUCGGAGAAUGCGGUGCGGCUCUCUGUCAAGGAAGGGGCGAAAAUCUUCGGUGAGGAGCCGAUCCCGCGGCAAGCGCGCGAUGCUCUGGAGAAGGGCAUCAAGCUUGCUGAAGCCGGCAUCAAGCUCGCCAAGAAUACCGCGCUCGCAACAGCACCGGAGUUAAUGGGAUCGCUCCUGUGCGCCAGAGCUCAAGGCCUGACACUAAAAGCCCGAUUUGAGGAGGCUUUGGCCUGUGCGGAUGAGGCAGUGUUGAUCUACAGAGAUCUUCUGUGCUACCAGCUAGAGGCGAAUGCCCUGAUGCUCUCUUGUGACAACUUAAGGGCUCUCCAGCAAAUAAGGGAGGCUGCCGAAGCUGCGGACGAAGCACUGGCGCUGUAUCGUCACGUCCAGGAUGAUGCCGGUGAGAACCUGGCUAUGGAAGUGAUAGCAACGUUCCAGGAGUACAUGCAGCAACAGGCACCACAGUUCAUGCCACCGCCUCCAACGCAAGCUGGUGCAGCUCCUGGGCAAGUGCCUGUCUGGCUACAGCAGCAAGGCCAAGAUGGCCCUCCAGAAGCUGCUGUUGCAAAGACAGCUCCUGCUCGAGGGCCAGCAGGACCCGCCCUUGACGUCAAGUCAGGUCUAAGCGUGGAUGUGAUCACCAACAAGGUGAAGGAGAUCGCAUUAAGAAUCACUGGUGCAGAUGAUGGAGAGAUCGAAGCGGACACGCCGCUCAUGGAAGCAGGGCUCACCAGCAACUCCGCUAUUCUGAUGCGUGAUGAGAUUUCCCAAGCCCUACCUGGUGUGCAGCUGCCUGUUACUCUCGUUUUUGAUUACCCCUCUGUUUCUGCAAUGACCGAGCUCAUCAUGCAGAGCACCGGAGGUGCAGCCAUUGGUAACUGA